AUGUCACUACUUGUGGCUUGGAUAUUCCAACACUUUCCCAUGAUCUCCGGGUGGGGGAGUGUGCCUGAUUACACAGAGCUGAUGUCGCGUGGCCGUGCCUUUCUCCCGCUCAAGGGGAAUCAGGCGGUCGACUCUUACAGAGUUUAUCUCGAUCGCUUGGUUGUUGAGGACAUCCACUACAACGUCUAUGCUGAUCACCGUGUGAUACGCUCGUUGGAUGACAUCUCACUAUUAUCAGGAUGGUUUGCAUGCAGUUCGACCAUCAUUGUUCCAUAUUUUUCCGAGCGCGUCAUGCGGCAGUUCGGGUACACACAGACAAUACUCAGACACCCAGCUGUAUCCGCUCCUCUCGGCUUGACUCGUAUGCAGAUAGAGGAGAUCUAUGCUGAUUAUCAGAGGCACAUGGUACCGGACAAGGCUCGAGCGACCAGAGUGCCGAGAGACUGGAGCUGCAUUGAUGGCUACAUCAUGUGGUUCUUCACCGUCUCACACCCCUACAUGGUGCCCACUACAGAAGGAUCACCGCCCAGACCAGCUCAUCAGGAGAUUUUAGAGAAGCAGCAGUCUCAAUUGGACUACACUCAGGAUAUCCUGCUUCGCUGUCGUCAGAUAGUGAAGAUGGGGCGGACAGGCAUUGACGCUGGUUUCUUCCUUGAGGGGUCUGACCACAUGUGUAUAUUGGAUGAGAUGAUUGCGGUGGCAGAGGGGGCACUUAUAUACCGCAGACAUCACGCCAGAACGGGUGGGAUCGAUGGCCGAGGACGUAGACCAGUCGGUAGAGGAGGCGGUAGAGGUAGAGGAGGUGGCAGAGACAUUGGCAGAGGAGAGGAUGAAGAUGUUGUCUGGCACACACAGUAG